AUGAGGAAGCGGCAAAUUUUCUUGCUCGUUUCCUUCAACAACCUACGAUGUAUUCCAUCCGGACCAGGUGACUGCCAGUUUGAGCACUACCUCCUCUUUAUCGACAUUUCUCUACUACCUCCUAGUUUACCUCCUCUGUACAGCUUGUAUAUCUUCUGUAAUUCUUCAUCUUGGUAUUCCCUCCACCACUUCCAAAUUAGUGUAAACCCUUCCCCACAUUACACGUUAAUCAUCCUGAAAGGACAUUUGUCCAGGACUUGUGAAGAUGAAAAGACCAUACACAAUAAUGCAAAACAGAUGCGGACUGGCGGAGGACAGGCCCACCUACUCAUACUCACCAGAUAUGAGCAGGAGGCUCUCGAGCCGGAGAGAUGCCAUGCACCCAAGUCCACCUCCAGCGGUGAGGUUGGGUGCCAGUGGGAGGAGGACAAUGGCAAGGAAACGGAGGAGGAAAGGAUAGAAGCCAAGGAAGUGCAGAUUUCUUCAACAGCUGACCCACAGUUAUGCACACAAACUGGCUAUUCACAAAGCAUACGAACAUUAGAAAAUGACGAGCAGGAAAAGACCAUCUGGUCUGUCAAGCCAUGCCUGAAUUUCCUCCAGUAUAAUUUGCAACUCAUCAUGAGUCAUGCAAUGGCAGAUGUGCUUAGACGUAUAUUAAAAAUCUUGCCUCCACACCCUUAUAGCUUUCGAGUGGACGAAGAAAACCUAAAUUUUGCACAGCUGGAGGAACUGGAAACGGAUCAUAGCGAAAUCUUUCAGGGGAGAGUGCUAGAAUGGGGACCCCCGAGUGAAGCUGAGAAUCGGGUGCAGCGCUUGGAAACUGACCAACCAGAUGCUGGACCCCGCCACACUCCUCACAUCACCACAUGGGAAGCCGGCUGGAACGUUACCAACGCCAUCCGGGGUAUUUUUGUCCUGAGUUUGCCAUACGCUGUUCUGCACAGUGGAUAUGUUGGAUUGUUUCUCAUCAUGUUAGCUGCUGUUAUUUGCUGCUAUACUGGCAAAAUUCUCAUUGCUUGUUUGUAUGAAGAAAAUGAAGAAGGACAGCAUGUCAGAGUGAGGACAUCAUACGAAGACAUUGCCAAUGCCUGCUGCAAGCAACUAUUCCCCAAACUAGGAGGCAAAAUUGUUAAUUGUGCCCAGUUAGCUGAACUAAUUAUGACCUGUAUUUUAUAUCUAGUGGUAAGUGGGAAUCUCAUGUUCCACAGUUUCCCACAUAUGCAAAUGUCAGAGAAAACUUGGUUUAUUAUAGCAGUUGUUAUAUUGGUCCCAUGUCUUUUCAUGCAAAAUCUUCGGAUUGUAUCAAAGCUAAGUCUUCUUUGUUCUGCGGUCCAUCUUGUUGUGACAUUCAUUGUGAUUACUUGUUGUAUGACACAAGCACAGAAAUGGUCAUGGAAAAGGGUAAAGUUUUCAAUGGAUUUUGAAAACUUUUUGGUUUCCAUUGGAGUUAUCACUUUCAGCUACACUUCACAGAUUUUCCUGCCAACUCUGGAAGGCAGCAUGAAAAACAAGGGUAACUUUGUGUGCAUGUUGACAUGGACUCAUUUAUCUGCAUGUAUCUUUAAAACAGUCUUUGUUCUAGUCACAUUUUUAACCUGGGGAAAUGAAACAAAGGAAGUAAUCACAGAUAACCUACCAUUCAUCCUGCGGAUGUUGGUGAAUUUGUGCUUGGUGGUCAAGGCUCUCCUUUCCUAUCUGCUGCCCUUUUAUGCAGCUGCUGAAGUUUUGCAAAGCUGUAUUUUGAAUCGAAGCUCAGUGGAAGCGAAAGCUCAAAUCUGGGCACUUGUUCUGCGAGGCUGUUUAUUGAUAUUAACACUCCUAAUGGCCAUAUUUAUGCCCCACUUUGACCUCUUAAUGGGGUUAACAGGCAGUGUUACAGGAGCUGUUUUGACUUUUCUUCUUCCUUCAGUUUUUCACUUGAGGUUGCUCUGGAAUAAAUUAGGUAAUCUGCAAAGACUCCUGGACAUUUCCAUUAUCUUCCUAGGAUCACUUUGUGGUCUUUCUGGAAUAUUCUGUUCAGUGAAAGGACUAAGUCAUUCUUUCAGAAGAAGUUAA